AUGAGAUGCUGGGUUUUCAAUGAAAGUCUGUCAGUCCUGUUAUUACUGGUGUGGCUGGGAUUGAAUUUAUAUCUGUUUAUUGACACAUACCACUGGUAUGAAGAAGAUGAUGCUUACCUUUAUACACGGGUUAUGCUGGGUUCAACACUGGCUUGGGCGAGAGCUUCUGCGACAUGCCUUAAUUUUAACUGCAUGUUAAUCCUGCUACCAGUCAGUAGAAACCUUAUCUCAUUCAUAAGGGGAACAAGCAUUUGUUGUAGAGGAGCACUGAGGAGACAACUUGACAAAAACCUCACAUUUCAUAAGAUAGUUGCCUAUGGAAUAGCUGUAAAUGCAAUCAUCCAUAUUGUUGCACAUCUGCUCAACAUAGAGCAAUAUCAUAUAAGUCAAUCGAAGGAAGCAGGGGGGUUACGGAAUAAACUUUCUGGCAUUGGCAAAACACCAAAUGAAAGCUACUUGAACCCAAUUAGAAACUAUGAAGUGAACCCAACAACACAGAUACUAACUACCAUAGCUGGAGUAACUGGUGUCAUAAUCACUGUGGCUUUCAUUCUGAUCAUGACUUCAUCCACGGAGAUCAUCAGAAGAUCAUUCUAUGAGGUGUUCUGGUAUACCCAUCACCUGUUCAUGGUUUUCUUUGUCGGUCUGGUUAUCCAUGGUAUGGGUCAGCUCGUCCGAGGUCAGACGCCGCAGAGUCUGUUGCUGCACAAUGUCACUUAUUGUAAAGAUCACUACUCAGAAUGGGAGAAAGCCACUCAAUGUCCUUUGCCACUAUUUUCUGGCAGUGAACCUGUGGCUUGGAAAUGGGUUAUAGGUCCUGUGGUAGUAUACAUCUGUGAAAGAAUUGUUAGGUUCUGGAGAUUUCAGCAGGAAGUUGUCAUUACAAAGGUGGUGACUCAUUCCUCUGGAGUCCUGGAACUCCAUAUGAAGAAAUGUGGCUUUAAAAUGGAGUCUGGUCAGUAUAUAUUUCUACAGUGCCCUUCUGUAUCGCAACUGGAGUGGCAUCCUUUCACGCUUACCUCAGCUCCUGAGGAGGAAUUCUUCAGUGUGCACAUAAGGGUAGUUGGGGAUUGGACAGGAGCCCUGUUCAAGGCCUAUGGAGCAGAGGAAAAAGUCUUUAAGGAGCCCUGGAAGCUACCAAGACUGGCUGUGGAUGGACCAUUUGGAGCUGCAACUACAGAUGUUUUUCACUAUCAAGUCAGUGUAUGCAUUGCAGCAGGAAUAGGAGUCACUCCGUUCGCUUCGAUUUUAAAAUCCAUAUGGUUUAAGUGCUGUAAUCCUAAUACAGAACUGACGUUGGAGAAGGUUUAUUUCUAUUGGACUUGCCGAGAUGCGUCUGCCUUUGAGUGGUUUGCUGAUCUCCUGUUCUUGCUGGAAACACAAAUGGCUGAGAAAGGGAAAACCCAUUUUCUAAGUUAUCAUAUAUUUCUUACUGGCUGGGAUGAAAGUCAGGCUACUCAUAUAGCUCUACAUGAUGAUGAAAAGAUGGAUGUAAUUACUGGUCUGAGACAGAAGACCUUCUAUGGAAGGCCGAACUGGGACACUGAGUUCAGGCAAAUAGCAGAAAAUCAUCCCAGCAAGAGCAUCGGUGUAUUCUUCUGUGGACCCAAAGCUCUCUCCAAGAUCCUUCAAAAGAAGUGCAACUUGUAUUCAUCAGCUGAUCCAAGGGGUGUUCAGUUUCACUAUAAUAAGGAAAGUUUCUAAACAGUAUUUUUGAAAUGUUAUAAUUGAUGUCAUUGUACUGUAUGCUUUUUCAAUGAAAUCAGUGGAAGUUAGGGGUCUAAAUAUAGUUGCGGAUCUGAGCUCAAGUGUCUUUAUAAUUUAAAACUAAAAACAUGAAACCCCCACAGAAUGUACAUAAGUUAGUAGAAGAUGCAGUUCUGCUCUAUAUUAAAAAAAAAAGCAAAAAUAUAUUAGAUUUGUACUGAGGUGUAAAACACAGUUCCAUAAGGAUCAUAUAAUGCAUUUACCCAUCCAUACAAUAAAACUGUGAAGCAGAAAACAUCCCAAGUGUGUUAGCAGUUGAAUAAAACAAACGACAAUAUUAUGUAUGUACAAACACAUGGAAAAAUAUUCACUGGAGAAGACAAAACUAUAUAGACAAACACAUAAGGAUAAAAAUUACAUCCCAGAGGACUAUAGGAAUAUUUUAUAAAUCUGUUUGGGGAUGCAGUUUGUAUGAACUAAGCUGGUGCUACAAGAUAUAGUGCUAUUAUUAUUGAGUUGAAGACGAUGCAUCUUUAUUUGAAAAUUGUGCAAGUUUUCUGAAAUGUCUGUG